AUGACCUCAGUCACUCCAUACAACAUCGCUAUUCCCAACGAGCAACUCCAGCAGCUCCGCCAGAAGCUGGAGCACACCACCUUCCCCGAUGAGCUUGAUGCUGCGGGGUGGGAUAUGGGCGUCCCUCUACUUGAAAUUAAGAGACUCGUCAAUGUGUGGCGCGAGAAGUUUGAUUGGCGUGCGCAAGAGCAGAAGUUAAAUCGACAACUCAAGCAAGUCAAUGUUCGAGUCGGAGUGGAGGGCUUCGGGGAACUGAACAUACAUACCGUGUAUCACCGGAGCGGAAAUUCGAAAGCAAUUCCAUUGCUUUUUAUCCAUGGGUGGCCUGGUAGUUUCCUCGAAGCCACUAAGCUUAUCCCACUUCUCACUAAGAGUAGCGGGGAUGGCCCAGUAUUCAAUGUCGUAGCACCUUCGUUGCCAAAUUUUGGAUUCUCGCAGGGCGUCAAGAAGAGAGGGUUCGGGCUAGCACAGUACGCCGAAACUCUGCACAAAGUGAUGAUCGCGCUAGGCUAUGAGGAAUACGUGAUUCAAGGAGGCGAUUGGGGAAGCAUGAUCGCCCGUACAAUGUCUCAGUACUACCCUCAACACACCCAAGCCAUCCACCUGAACUUCAUACCCGUCAUGCCGCCCUACCCAUGGCGAAGUCCCUACCAGUUCAUCAAAUCGCUGCUGUAUGUGCCAUUCUCGGCGAAAGAUCGUGGCUACAUCGCCCGGACAUUUGAGUAUUUCACCCGCGGCAAUGCAUACAUGAAACAGCAAGAGACCCGACCACAGACUCUAGGUUACGGCCUUCAUGACAGCCCUGCCGGAUUACUAGCUUGGAUCUACGACAAAAUGCACACUUGGUCCGACAAGUAUCCCUGGACGGAUGAGGAGAUCUUGACCUGGGUGAGUGUAUACUACUUCUCCACAGCUGGGCCAGUGGCGUCAACAAGGAUUUACUACGAGGCUUCAGCGCCGAAGCGCGGUGGGAGCUCAUAUGUGUCGGGGGAUAGCGCUCAGGAGGAUCUGCUGGAACAACUGAAUUACAUGUCGCUUGAACAAAUCCUCGCGGCUCGGGCACCGCAGAGUGUGCGCUUUGCAGUGGCGCAGUUCCGGGAGGAGAUCAUUAUGUGGCCUGUGGCGUGGUAUCGGUCCAUUGGGAAUGUUGUGCAGGAAACGGAAUAUGAUCAUGGUGGCCAUUUUGCCGCCUGGGAAGUGCCUGAGUUGCUGGCGUCUGAUAUCAAAAGCUUCCUAGGCAAUAAUGGGCCAGCCUACGGGGUGAUAGCCGACAGAGAUGGUUAUUGA